GGCUCUGGUUCACAGCAGGGUUUUGGUUUUGCAUGCCCCAUCCUUGGCGGCACCGAGAGGCUUGGGGUGACGGCUGGGGUGAGCAGGGCCACGUGCAGCUGCACAUAGCACAUCUGGGGAUACAGGGAAGCCCCCUGGCUGGCACGAGGGCUGAGGGCCUGAAACCAGCUUUGCCAGGAUGGUGGUGCUGAGGCAGCCGGGAUCUGGGGGAGGGAGCUGCCAUUUUCAGGUGGUUACUUUUAGAAGCAGAAGUCCAAAUGUUCCUGAAUCUGGAGCCAAAUCUCUUGGCGGCUCUGCGGUGCUGGGUAUCAGCUUGCUAAGAGAUUUUUUUUUUUUCCCCUCGAGCAUCCUGCAUCCUGCGUGUCUUUGGGUUAGCGAGCAGUGACAGCCUGGCAGGGUGCACCUGAUGCCCUGACGAUGGGUGCUUCCACCUUGAGAAGUGUUCCAGGCGCCGGUGAAGCUGCGGCUGUGAGCACUCAUCCCUUCUCCACCGUUCCUGCCCACCGCCCGCAGGUCUCCGGCACCGCACAGCCAUGACAACCUCGGCGCUGCGCCGGCAGGUGAAAAACAUCGUGCACAACUACUCAGAGGCAGAGAUCAAGGUGCGAGAGGCCACCUCCAAUGAUCCCUGGGGACCCCCCAGCUCUCUGAUGUCAGAGAUUGCUGACCUCACCUUCAACACGGUGGCCUUCGCUGAGGUCAUGGGCAUGAUCUGGCGGCGGCUGAAUGACAGCGGCAAGAACUGGCGUCACGUCUACAAAGCCCUCACCCUCCUGGACUACCUCAUCAAAACUGGCUCCGAGAAGGUGACCCACCAGUGCCGGGAGAACCUCUACACCAUCCAGACACUGAAGGACUUCCAGUACGUGGACCGUGAUGGCAAGGACCAGGGCAUCAACAUCCGAGAGAAGGUGAAGCAGGUGAUGGCGCUGCUGAAGGAUGAGGAGCGGCUGAAGCAGGAGCGUGCACACGCGCUGCAGACCAAGGAGCGCAUGGCCCUUGAGGGCAUGGGCAGCGGCAGCCAUCAGGUCACCUAUGGCCGCCGUGCGUCACCCUACGGUGAUGACUACGGCCGGGCACGGGGCUCACCCUCCUCCUUCAACUCAUCAUCCUCAUCCCCACGGUUCGCCUCCGACCUGGAGCAAGCGAGGCCCCAGACGACGGGUGAGGAGGAGCUGCAGCUGCAGCUUGCGCUGGCCAUGAGUCGGGAGGAGGCGGAGAAGAAGCCACUUCCUCCAAUUUCCAGUACAGACGAAGAAAGGCAAUUGCAGCUAGCGCUCGCGCUGAGCAAAGAGGAGCACGAGAAGGAGGUGAGAGCCUGGCAAGGGGAGAACUCCCUGCUGCAGAGAGCCACGGAGGAGACUGCCCAGGGCAGGGAGGAAGAGGAGGAAGAAGAUAAGAUGAAGAAAAGCCAGUCCUCUAUCCUGGAGCUGGCAGAUAUAUUCGGGCCGGCGCCAGCCCCCUCCAGCCACACGUCUGCCGACCCGUGGGAUAUGCCAGAUGUGAAACCCAAAGCGGAGCCGGCAGCCUCCGCCUGGGCUGGUGCGGCUGACCCCUGGGUGCCGGUCCCGGCUGCUGGCGGGGAGCCCCUUUCCCAGGCAAGCACCUCAUCCCAGCAAAGCUCUGCCGGGCCCUGGGAUUUCCCACCCGGCACCACUGCAGCCUCCGACCCCUGGGGGAAGGCGCCCAUGUCUUCUGGCUUCCCUCCGGCGGACCCCUGGGUGACAGCGUCCCCCCCGGCCCAGGUCUCUGGUUCCACACCAGCUGCUGACCCUUGGGCUGCCGUGGCCGAGCAACCUCCUAACCCUGCUCCAGGGGGGGAUGCUUUCGACCUGUUUGCAAAGCCAGCCGAGUCAGCCGAGCCGCCGGAGCAGGAGCCCCCACAGCUGCCUUCCUCUGCCAAGUCCACCAGCCCCGUCGAGCUAGACCCCUUUGGUGACCUGUUCCCCAGCAGCAGGCAGGAUGCAGCAAAGAGCUUCGACCUCACCAACCUGGCCGACUCCCUGCCCGAAUCCGGCAAGGAGCGGAAGGACUGUAAAACCCCCGAGGCCUUCCUCGGCCCUGCCGCCUCCUCCCUGGUCAACCUGGACUCCCUGGUUGCACCUGCUCCAGCCUCCAAGACACGGAACCCCUUUCUCUCGAGUCUGAGCACGCCGUCCCCCACCAACCCCUUCAGCCUCGCCGAGCAGCCCAAGCCGACGCUGAACCAGAUGCGGACCAGCUCGCCGGUGCCCGGCCUGCCCGCCGGCCUCCCCGCCAACUCCAUGACCUACAGCGCAUCCCUGCCGCUGCCCCUCAGCAGCGUCCCCGCCGCCGCUGCCGCCCUGCCUGCCUCGGCCAGUGCCUUCCCCCAGGCUGGCACCUUCCCCGAACUCCCCAGCAACCUGCCGCAGCCUUUACUGCCGCUGAGCGGCCCCCCGGCCCCCCCAGCCGCCCCGGGGGGGCUCAACCCCUUCCUCUGAGCCCUCUGGACGUGUAGACAGACUCUGACCCCAUCCCUGGCUGUUACACAUCCCCCCCGUCAGCCUUUCCUCCUGCCAAGAAUGGGGGGGGGGGGGGGCAGCGUUUCACUAGCUGCAAGGGAAGGUGCCCCCCAGGCCAGACCCCUCCCCGUGCCCACAGGCUGGGGGGAGCCAGCAUGAGCCCCUGUGCUUGGCAGGCGGGAGGGGACGCCCUGCCCGGAGGGGGGGGGGCGGCGGGGGGGAGCCGUGGCGGGACCCACCGUAAGGGCUGGGGGCUGCGCAGCGGGCUGGACUGGUUGGUGCAUGGGCUCUCGCUGCCGGACGCCCCCCCGGGGUAGGGGGCUUUGCCCCGGCGCCUGCGGGGCGCUGGGGCCGGCCAAGCUGGGCUCCCCCCGCGCCCCCCCUCGCCGGGAUCGCCUGGCUGUUACCCCCCCGCCCCGCUCCCACCGCCCCUCGCCCCCUUCCCGCUCGCUGCCCCCCCGCAGGAGCUGCGGGCAGGGCGGCCCGGGGCAGCCGCUGCGGGGCCCCGCUCCGGGCCGGGGGGGGCGGCGGGGGGGAUGUCUUCGGGGCUGCUGGCGAGCGGCGGCUCCGGGCUGCCUGUGAGACAAUAAAAUGCUCUGACGGA